AUGGACGAAACAAUACGACACCACAAUCCUAAUCCAUUGCUCACGGCAAAUCCAAUAUCUAAGAUUUUCUUUUGGUGGCUUAACCCGACUUUCACUACAGGAUACAAAAGAAGAUUAGAAGUAGAAGAUCUGUUUAAUGUAGUAAAACAAGACUCGUCUGAAGAACUUGGAAACAAAUUAGAGAGAGAAUGGGAGAAGGAACUAAAGAAGCAAGAGACUGGAGGGAAGCCGAGUCUGCUGAGGGCGCUUAUUCGUAUGUUUGGUUUCCAGUAUAUGCUCUUGGGAAUCAUUGUAUUUAUAGAGGAAGGAACAAAGGUAGUCCAACCAUUACUGCUCGGCCAGCUGAUACGUUACUUUACACCUGAAUCAACAGUCAGUGAAAGAGAUGCCUACCUUUAUGCCAUGGGGGUCAGUCUGUGUGCCAUUGUGCUGGCCGUAUCUCAUCAUCCCUACUUUUUCGGGGUACAGAGGAUUGGAAUGCAGAUGAGAGUUGCCUGUUGUUCUCUGUUGUAUAGGAAGUCACUGCGAUUAAGUAACACAGCCUUGGGUCAAACCACAACUGGUCAGAUUGUCAAUCUAAUGUCAAAUGAUGUGAACAGGUUUGAUACAGCGGCCAUUUUCCUGCAUUACCUUUGGGUGGGGCCCUGCCAGGCAAUACCAGUGCUAAUCAUUCUCUGGCAGGAGCUCGGCCCAUCAACACUGGCAGGAUUUGUUGUUCUGUUACUCCUGGUUCCUGUACAGAGCUGGAUGGGCAAGCUCUUCUCUAAGCUCAGACACAAAACUGCCAUUCACACCGAUGAAAGAGUUAAAGUUAUGAAUGAGAUCAUUACUGGCAUGCGAGUGAUUAAAAUGUACUGCUGGGAGAAACCUUUUGGUGAACUUGUUAGCAAGUUACGCAAAUGUGAGAGACACUGUGUUUGGCGAUCCGGGAUGAUAUCUGCCGAAUUGACAACACUUUGGAUGUUAGGCCCACGGAUAAUGUAUUACUGUUUAGUUGUCCCAGUGUCACUGACUGGUCGACCUUUGACCCCGAGUGAGCUGUACACAUGUUUGCCUCUGCUAUUUCUCCUGUCACAUAGCAUCUAUGGGGGUGUGUUCUUGGCAAUACAAAACAUUUCCCAGACCCUGGUUACAGGGAAACGUGCACAGAAAUUUCUACUCCUGGAUGAACUUCAAGUGGAGAAGCCCAAUAUGGGUAUCCGACCACAGAUUAGAGAUUGUCUGGUCAAAAUUGAUAAUAUUACAGCCAAGUGGGAUGAGAAUAUUGAGCAGCCAACUUUGAAGAACAUAUCUAUUGAGGUGGGACAUGGAAAACUUCUGGCUGUGAUAGGUCCAGUGGGAGCAGGCAAGUCUUCGUUGCUCAUGAGCAUUCUCAAGGAAAUUCCCCUGUCAGAGGGCAAGGUGGACGUCAAAGGUCGAAUUGCAUAUGUGUCCCAACAAGCAUGGGUAUUCUCUGCAAGCUUGCGUCAAAACAUUGUGUUUGGGAAUGCAUUUGAUAGCAGAAAGUACAACAGAGUUUUGAAGGCAUGUGCCCUUCACAAGGAUAUGGAUAUGAUGCCUCAGAGUGACAGUACCCUGAUUGGGGACCGAGGGGUUAGUUUAAGUGGGGGUCAGAGGGCCAGGGUCAGUCUGGCACGAGCCCUGUACAUGGAUGCAGAUAUCUAUUUGUUAGAUGAUCCACUCAGUGCAGUAGAUGCCGCCGUUAGUCGACAUCUGUUUGAAAAUGUUAUACAAGGAGUACUGAAGUCUAAACCAGUCAUCCUGGUUACACACCAGCUACAGUUCCUAGCUGAAGCUGACGAGGUCCUUAUACUCAAGGAUGGGGAAUGUCUGGGCCAGGGUACGUUUGAGGAGAUGGCAUCCUCAGGUGUAGACUUUUCCUCACUUUUAAAGACGGAGAAGGAUGAGGAGGAGGAUACUGAGGAGAAACAACAGAUCCUUCAGCGUUUGGAUUCACACAUAUCCCGUUCCCCAGGGCCAAGUGAUUUUGGCUCCAGCAUCUCUCUCGCUUCGAUUGGCACAGAGUUUCAGCCGGAGCCUGUGCAGCUCCCAGAGGAGGAGGAGAGGAAGGGAGGCACGAUUGGCUGGAGGGUGUACUUCGACUAUUUCAAGGCAGGCUCAGGAAUCUUCUCCUUCACCAUCUUAGUUCUGCUGAACCUGCUGGCACAGACAGCUUAUGUCAUGAGUGAUUGGUGGCUGUCAAUAUGGUCAAACCAGGAGGAAUAUCGUCACUAUAUGAUCGUACAGGAUCAGGCUCUACGAGACCUAGGACACAAUAUAACAAACAUUACCAUCCCUUAUGUUGACACACAUCAGAACAUCUACAUCUUCACCGGUAUCAUUGUGGCUGUGUUCCUCUUUGGUAUCCUACGAGCUCUCAUGUUUUUCAAGGUCGCGGUGGAUGCUUCCAUGAACCUUCACAAUAGCAUGUUUAACAGAUUACUACGUGUGCCUAUUGCUUUCUUUGACACCAAUCCAGUUGGACGUAUCCUAAACAGGUUUUCAAAAGACACCGGCCACAUGGACGACAUGCUUCCUAUCACAUUCUUUGAUUUUAUCCAGUGUUUCCUGCUGAUUAUGGGAAUUGUGUUGGUGGUGUGUAUUGUAAAUCCAUGGGUGUUUAUCCCUCUGGUGCCACUGUGUAUAGUUUUCUAUAUCACACGUACCUACCACAUCAGGACAUCUCGGCAUAUCAAGCGACUGGAAGGCACAACACGCAGUCCUGUGUUUUCCCACCUUAGUGCCUCCCUACAAGGUCUGCACUCAAUCCGGGCAUUUUCUGUACAAGACAAGUUCAUGGAAGAGUUUGACAACCACCAGGACCUGCACUCAGAGGCCUGGUUUAUGUUUUUGUCAACAAGUCGCUGGCUUGCCGUCAGACUCGACUGGAUUUGUGCGAUUUUUGUCACCAUUGUAGCAGUUCUAUCCGUCCUCAUGUCAAAAGACAUGGAUGCUGGGAAGGUUGGCCUGUCCUUGACCUAUGCGAUGACCCUGAUGGGUAUGUUCCAGUGGGCAGUGCGACAGAGUGCAGAGGUGGAAAAUCAGAUGAUAUCUGUGGAACGUGUCCUUGACUACUCUCAUCUCGACAUGGAGGCUGACCUAGACUCGUCAAAGGACCGCAAACCUCCACCGGAGUGGCCACAGAAUGGAGAAAUCAAGGGAGAGAACCUGUGUCUCCAGUACUCCAAGUCAGGACCCCUGGUCCUCAAACAUCUGUCCUUCUGUAUCAAAGGACGGGAAAAGAUUGGCAUUGUAGGAAGAACAGGUGCAGGAAAGAGCUCCUUAAUAGCUAUGAUGUUUCGUCUUACGGAGCCUACUGGGAAAGUACUGUUGGAUGGGGUGAAUAUACAGGAGAUCGGGCUACAUGACCUUCGCAAGCAUAUCUCUAUUAUACCUCAGGACCCUGUCUUAUUUACUGGUCCACUACGGAAAAAUCUUGACCCAUUUGGUAACCAUGAUGACCCUCACCUUUGGAACGCCCUUGAGGAGGUCCAGAUGAAAUCAGCUGUGGAGGAGCUCCCUGAAGGCCUGGAGGCUGAAGUGUCUGAGGGAGGGAUCAAUUUCAGUGUGGGACAACGUCAGCUCAUCUGUCUAGCUCGUGCCAUCCUCAGAAAGAAUCGUGUUCUCAUGAUUGACGAGGCAACAGCUAAUGUUGACCCUAGGACUGAUGAGCUCAUUCAGCAGACAAUACGAGAAAAAUUCCGUCAGUGUACUGUUCUCACCAUCGCUCACCGUCUCAACACUAUCAUGGAUUCUGACCGAGUUCUGGUGCUGGAUGAGGGUAACAUAGUGGAGUUCAACAAACCAUAUGUCCUUUUACAAGACGAAGAUGGACAUUUCUACCGAAUGGUACAACAGACCGGGAAGAAUGAAGCAGAGCACCUUCUAGAAGUGGCACAUGACUGUUACCAUGCCGAUAUUUCUUCAAUCAUUCCUACGCUUUCCUCUGUACAUGAUGAUGAACGCAAAUCAAAAGAGAACAAUAUUGAUCACAAUGUAAAACUGGAUGACAGUGUGUUUGAUACGGAUACAAGUAAGAUAAGUAACGUUGAUGAUUCUGAUGAAGAGAAUAAGGAAGAAGUACAAACAAAUCAUAUAGAUAGAUCGGUUGAAGGAGAUGCUGAUGAUGAUACAGUGAUAGAGAAUGAAAGUGGCAUUAGUAGUCCCACAGCCCUAGAGUCUGAAGCUGCAUUCGAGUCUCAACCCCUGUUAGCAGUCUCAGAAGGCGAGGAACACUCACAAACUGUUGAACCAACCAAAAAUGAAAAUAAGGACGAUGAUGAUGAUGAUGAAAGUGAAGAGGAGCAAUCCAAAGAAGAAUCCAGUCAUCUUAUACCAAAAGGACAGAAUAUAGCUGAAAAUGACAUGAACACUCAGUUAUAAUGUUCAUGUUUGUUUAGUUAUAAGGUUAUGACUGUUUGGCAUCAGCUGUUCACAGUUCGAUUUGUUUACUGCACAGUUUUUGGAGAAGAGAGCCAUACUUCUCUAGCGCUGUUGUUUUUCUUGUUUUCAUAUGAAUUUGAUUACCAAUAUUACUAAUGUGAGUUUUGAAUUUGUUCUUUUGAUACUAACUUGUUGUAGUUGUAUAUUUGACCGUCUUGGUUUCAGUAUACAAAUAUUUGUAGAAUACUUUUAGAAAAGCAGGGCUUUAUUUUCAGUAUACUUAUUCAUGUAAAAUAUAUUUAAAAGUUGGAACCUGGGUACAAUACACUGAUGCAUAUAUUUUCAGUAUACUUAUUCAUGUAAAACAUAUUUAAAAGUUGGGACCUGGAUACAAUACACUGAUGCAUAUAACAUAUAUCAAAAUACAUUAAGCUAAGCUUUGGUUAUAGGCACAUUAAAUUGAUAGGAAGCUGAGCCCUGGAUUCACUAUACAUAUACACUGAAGUAUAUUAUGCUAGGCUUUGGGUGUAGGCACAUUAAAAUUGAUAGGAAGCCGAGCCCUGGAUUCACUAUACAUAUACACUGAAGUACAUUAAGCUAGGCUUUGGGUGUAGGCACAUUAAAAUUGAUAGGAAGCUGAGCCCUGGAUUACACAUACACUGAAGUACAUAAAGCUAGGCUUUGGGUGUAGGCACAUUAAAAUUGAUAGGAAGCUGAGCCCUGGAUUACAUAUACACUAAAGUAUAUUACGCUAGGCUUUGGGUGUAGGCACAUUAAUGGGAAGCUUCCCCGUGGACUCGAUACACUGUUACAUGUAGUAUAUAUAUAUGUGUUUACACUGAAAUACUUAGAGCUAGGCUUUGAGUUCAGGUGCAUUUAUGUUAGAGGAAAAGCUGAACCCUGGAUUUUGCUUACAAAUAUAUAUAUAGAUAUAUAUGUAUAUUAUUGGCUAAAUACAUAGAUAACAGUAAAUCAUCAUAUCUGUCAUCAACGGUUUUCUUUAACUAAAUUGUAUUAAUCAUUCUCGAAGUUAGAGACUUUUGAUCUUUUUUUUUUCAUUUUGGGAGGGUUGAAAUCUUUUGUCCUUUUUUUUUUUUUUUCCUCGUUUCUUUUUUCCUUUUUGUUGUAGGAUUUGGUAAAUAAUGUGCUUUAAGUGAUUCCUUUAAAUAUGUAGCCUCAAUACAAAAAAACACAACCUGAUUUAAGAAUUUGUAGUGCUUAAGAUAGCUCGCAAAGGAAAGACAUUAAAUGCUACUGUUGUAUAUUAUAUGUUGUUUAAGUUACAUACAUAUAAAGUAUGUUGGAUGCUGUUCUGUUGACUUUGGAGAACACACUAUAAUUCAAGCUUGCCAAAAUUCUGAAGUCAAUAGUAUAUCAAUCAUGACUAUAAUUUGCUGAUUUUUUUUUACUUUGUGUUUUAUACAUACAUAUCCUCAAAGUAUUGAAACUUAGUGAAUUCCAGCUGAUGUUAAUCCAUGUGAACAUUAAAAAGGACGAGUGCCUUGUUUCCAAAGUGGGUGAAAGUACGCGUGAUAUUAUUAAUUGUUAAAGCUUUAGUUACAUGUAUAUUUAACAAUUUGGUUGUGGUCAGGUCAGUAAAGCAGGAUAUGCGGGUGACUGUAGUUUAUCAGUUGUCAAAAAUGGUCAUGGGUGAUUGGCUUUAAUUGCUUCAAUCUACUAUAUAAUACAUUAUGCUUUUUUCAAGGGAAGUAACUCAUUCUUUACUGAAAUUUGCCUCUAAAAUAUUGUAGAUCAUAGAUGGAAAAUUUCCAAAUUAUGUGAUAGACUUUCUUUUUUGUCUUCAGACAAUCAUAACUCAAGGAUGGACCAGGAAAGAGUCUAUUAGAUCAAGUUCUGUAUGUGAUUUACUAAAAACAUUUACCUGCUUUGCCAUAAUUAUAUGUAUUCUGUAACAUAGAUCGUUACUUACUGUGCAUGUGAUUGUACUAAUGGAACAUUCUCCAGCUGGUGUUGUUUCAUCUUUCUUUCUCAUCGCCAUUUGACCACUUGAAUCAGUUUUUGUUUGUGUUACUCUUGCGUUAUACAGAGUGCUAGUCAAUGUAUAUUGUUCAGGGAACUCAUUUAAAAAGAAUUUUUAAAAUUAUGGACAGUUUUUGCAGACACUCAUAUUUAAGUUGCAUUUAAUAAACAAUAAUGCAGAUAUUUUCUUUAAAAUAUCAAGCUUUUAGAAAGAAGAAAUCUUUAUUUGGAUUGCAUAUUUUGAUAAUGGACUAAUACAUUUUUUUGUUUAUAAAGUAUGCUGACAAAAUACACAAGUGUCUCCAUUACUUGUAAUCAUCAUUUUGUGUACAUCUUCAGUUAAAAAUUAAUUACUUAUUUCAGCAGGACAUUAGACUGUUCAAAAUGAAUACAAAUUAUAAAAAUUCUGUUUGUAAAAUUAAAUUCCAUCUUGAUACACAGAGAAUAUUCCCGGUAAUACUUGUGGGUGUAACACAGUCGAAUUGAUAUGGAAAGACCACCUUUUGGAAGUUCAUAUGUCACAGGAUGGGUCCUUAUACAGGAUAGUGAUCAUGAUUAUUACUUAUAGCAUAGAUGACUCCAAGCAUAUUCAGCUAUGUAUGGUGGUCCCUCAUACAGGUUUCACUGUAUUCACCCUACAAGACUUUGGUUUUUUAUAACCAUAGAGUAAGAUUCCCUUGAAUGUCAGAUGUUGUAAUAUAUAUAAAUAUAUGACUGUGAAAGAAAAAUUAUGUAUGUAAGGUUAUGGUAGGUCAUUUGUAAUUUGAAAGGUGAUUACUAGUUAAUUUCAUAAUUAUAGUUGUAUCUAUAUACAUAAGAAUGAUUUUGCAUUUUGAUUGUUGAAAUGUAUACAAAGAAUAAAUGGAAAAUGUUUUCAAUCA